AUGUCUACCCCAAAACCCCCUGGGAAAAUCCUCCUCAUAACAAACAGCGAGUACGGUCAGAGCAACGUAGUACUCGCAACUGCCUAUGAACUCAUUCUCAACAAUGUAGAAGUUCAUAUCGCUUCGUUCGAAGCACCUGACAUUGCUAAAGAGGUCUCAAAUAUUAUCGAUUAUGGAAACCUUCGUCCACCAAUUCGAACGCGUGUUGAUUACUUGAAUGCUGGUGUUUACGGUCCAAUUCCACUUGAUAGUAUCAAAGCAGUUUUCCAUCCGAUAGACAGCCCGGGCAUGGCGGAGAAACUUGCAAUGGUCACCCCUGGUCAGGAAGCUAUGCGGCAUGGGGUUGGAUUACGAGAGGCGUGGAGAAUAUAUGCGAAGAUUCCCAGUGUCUUGUCAUCUUAUACUCCAGAUGAAUACGUCAAAGGAGUUAAUUCUUGUGUCGAAAUUGUUAAGAGUGUCAACCCAGAUGGUAUUGUGAUGGAAAAGCUUUGCGCGCAAGGUUUUGAUGCGUGUGCGCUCUUGGGCAAAAAGACUAUAAGCAUUACCCCAAAUAGUUUCAAGGACACUCUAGCUCAAGCUCAACCAAAUGGCUUUCCGCUAUGGGGUCUGGCCGUUGAAUGUUCGGGCUUCGGAUUUCCUCUCCCAUGGUAUCUGAUCCCCUUUAAUAUCAUUCUCAUGAUUCGUCUCAUAAUCAUCGUCGUCACCUCUCCAACCAUCAAAGCUAUCGAAGCUGGACGUAAGGAAGCUAAAAUUCCCGGACAAUAUCCAUUCUUUGUCCCAUACUCCAAAGAUAUCCACUAUUUGCUUCCCACUGCACGAGAGAUCGAUCUCAAAUUACCAUACAUUCCCGAAAAUAUAACAACCUGUGGACCGCUCACAUUACCAUCCUAUCCACUCUCUAAAACCGACCCAGAACUUCUGGAAUGGCUGGAGAAAAAGCCAACUGUGCUUGUUAAUCUCGGAUCGCAUGUGAAUGGAAACGUGGAGUCUAAUCGCAAUAUUGCGACUGGAAUUCGUAUUCUCCUAGCCAAGAACACAAACAUGCAAGUCCUUUGGAAACUCAAACCUAGUGCCUCGAAUUUCGAUCCCGCUAUUAAGGAAAUCCUUGCACCUGUUGCUGGUCAAGUAAGACUCGUGAAGUGGCUCGACGCAGAACCAAUUUCCAUUCUUCGAUCUGGUCACAUUAUAGUUUCGGUUCAUCAUGGCGGUGCGAAUUCGUAUUAUGAGAGUAUUGAAACCGGAAUCCCACAACUAGCUUUGCCAUGUUGGUUUGAUACCUAUGAUUAUACGGAGAAGAUGGAGUUUUUUGGUGUUGGUAUAUGGGGAAGUAAGACAUCUGCACCUGGUGUUGACGGAGAAGAAUUUGGAAAGGCUUUGAUUAGAGUGACAGAAGACAGUUCUAUCAAGGAGAAAGCAAAGGAAAUUGGUGAACUCAUAAGAAAGAAGUAUGGGGGAAGAAAAGAUGCCGCUCGGAAGAUAUUGGAAUUGAUUGACGGCGACUUUGGACUGCAUGCUAAGUUGUAA